AUGGCACCAAAAAUAAAGAGCCCCAAAAUACCAAAGAAAGCAAGAAAAAAAAGAGUACAUCAUAAGCUCAUCGAUGAGGAAUUUGAUUAUGAGGAGGAGGAACUCCUGCUUAGAAAGCAAAAGGAGAAGCAAUGUCCAAAGAAACCUUCGCUACCUCUACCCAUUGAAGUGGAGGAUAGUGAUGAUACUGUGACUACAACACCACCAGAAAGUGUAGCUUCUAAAUGUACUGCCUCUGAGCAAGAGGGUUCUGAACAACAUGAGUCUGACCAUGCCGAAUUUAAAGAAGAUGAGCAGGAAGGGUAUGAGGAGUUUGAGUCUGAGGGAACAACAUCUAGAUCCCCAUCUGCUGAACAACAGGAUGAUGAAGAGUCUAUAGCUCGGGGAACAUGUCAGGCCAAGCAUGAAUCUAAGGAAGAAAUUCCAAUGCUUGACCUCACUGGUGACUCACUAAAGAAAAAAAAGAAGAAAAUUAAGAAGAAAGGUAAGGGAAAGAGAGAGAGGCCUGACAGUGAUGAAGAUCAAAAAACAGAGGAGAGGGUAAGAAAGAAAAAGGAGAAGGAGGAGUUCAAAAGGGCAGAAAUUGAAUCCUUAGUUGAUAACGAGAAAUGA